UCCGUAAAGUUAUCCUCGGUGAGGAGACUUUUUUUCCCCCUCCAAGUGAUGCUGUGAGUGGUGUAGGGUAGUACGGACUAGUACGAGAGUCGCCCGUUCCAGAUUCUGUAGUGCGGUGCUGGCGAAGAUCAGGUGUUUAUCUCCGCUCCUCAAGUCCGUUUCUGUCAGGCAGAAGAUUUUCCCGGAGCACCGAGCGCUCCCUCCCAGAAUGACGUGGCAGCAUCGAUGUGCGGUGGUGGCGCUGCUGGGGAUGUUGAGUGGCGAUGCCCUUUGUGAUCAGCCGAGAGUCGAAACGCCCUCAGGAACCUUCUUGGGCGGUACCCACAUAUCCAAGAGGCAAGGCCGAACUGUCUACACCUUCACGGGCAUCCCCUUCGCCAAACCUCCGGUCGAUGGCCUUAGGUUCACCUAUCCUUUGCCUUAUGGGGAGCACAAGGAGAUAUUCAACGCUACCAGAGAGCCACCUCCUUGCCUCCACUGGGACAACUUGCGAGGGCGCGGUGUUGUUGGGAAGGAAGAUUGCCUUUACCUGAACGUCUUCACUAACAGAAUUCCGCCUCCUCCUGAUUACUACAACACUCAGCCUACAAUCGCUUUUCUUCACGCUGGAACCUGGAUGGCGGGCAGCGGCGGCGACGGCCUCUUCCAGCCAGAUUACCUCCUGGAAUCAGAUGUCUGCGUCAUCACAGUCAACCACAGACUUGGACCUUUUGGUUUCCUGUCAACUGAAGAUCCAGAGGCCCCUGGAAACUAUGGUCUAAUGGACCAAAUCAUGGCACUGGAAUGGAUACACGAAAACGGUCGUUAUUUUGGCUGCAUGAACGAUUCCGUAACUGUUAUGGGAUCCGGAGCCGGAGGUAUUAGCGCCAACCUCCUGAUGCUGUCGCCGAAGACGAGAGGGGCUGCCUACCAUCCCGAUGAUCACGCCUUGUUGCACAAAGCUAUUUCUCACAGUGGUACAGCUUACAGCCCACACGCUAUUUCCAAGGAUGCUAAGGUACAAGCUUUAAAACUGAGCAAAGUAGUUGGGUGUCCCACGGCAACAUCGAAGGAGUUGAUGUCCUGUCUCAAAAUGACCUCCCCUGACAAGAUUGUGGAAGCUAUACCAUCUCUCUAUCUUUGGGACGAUGAACCUCUGCCUUUCGCACCGGUUGUGGACAAAUGGCAGGGACCGGAUGCAGUCAUACCAGACGAACCUCACCACCUCAUCAAGCAUCGAGAAUUCCUCCAAGUUCCUUGGCUUGUUGGCACUAACAAGGAUGACGGCGCCUUCAGAGUGCAGGAUAUUUUGAAGGACUCUGUCCUCACGGAGCAGCUUAAUACGCACUGGGAUAAAUAUGGCCCUAUUUUGCUGGACCUUGACGAGACUUCGUGCAAGGACCCCGUAGAAGUAUCGAAGACCAUCCGAAAAUAUUACUUGGGGAAAAAGAAAUUCGGUUACGAAUCUUCAAAAUCGUUUGUGGAGAUGAUGACGGAUCGCUUCUUCUUGUACCCAACGGAUCACGCUACCAAAGAUUACGCCAGGUAUCUAAAGAGCUAUCAGACUUAUCGGUACGAACUCGUCUACAGCGGACGAAAGUCGUUCUUGGACCUGUUGCAUCAGGAGAAUCCUCACGAAACAGUCGCCUCCAUGUUAGGGUCUGCUGUCUCUAACCCAAGGUUCCAGAACAGCCGGGAUUCCCAUGGCUGGGGCGUUAGCUUUCUAGACGAGCUGCUCUUUCUGUUCCCGUCCAGCAAGUUGGAUUUUGUUUAUAAACAGGACUUCAAAGCAGACUCGGCUUCUCAAGUCUCGACGCACAUGUUGAUGCUGUGGAGUAAUUUCGUGAAAGGAAGUGACCCAACGCCGGUGCUGAACGGAUGGCCGGAGGAUAUAUCUCCGUGGGGAGCCUGGUGGGAACCGUUCGUCAAUGGCUACCUCUAUUACCUCCGGAUCGACCCUGAGAUGGAGAGCUCUGACGUCCCCCUGAAGGAAGAGACGAUGCAGUUCUGGGAGGGGCUCCCUCUCUUCGAAAACCGCGAUCAAAAUGUCAUUAGAGACGAGUUAUAAAACCUUGACAGGAGAGGAGGGAAACCUGAUUACCACUUGGUUUCUAUGGCUCUUCAAUUAGGUGGAUCGAGAUAUUCCUCCUCUCUCUCUCUCUCUCUCUCUCUCUCUCUCUCUCUCUCUCUCUCUCUCUCUGAAGCAUACGCAAGUAUAGACUUUAUUUAUUAAUAAAGCCAAGGUAUUAUAAGUAAGUCGAUUAUAUAAAAUCAUUGUCCCAGAUUACGAGCUCAGCGCAAACCUUACACAAUUUUUAUUUAUUUAUUUUUAUUUCGUUUAUUUAUUUAUCUUUAUUUAAUAUAUAUUUUUUUUGCAAAAUUCAACCUGUCUAAUUAUUUAUUUUAUUAUUUUAUUUAUUAUUUUUUUAAUCAACCCCUAAUAACAGUGUUCUUAUACAUGUUCCAAAUAUCGUCCUCUAUUUUGCCAGAUCCUCCCAGCCUUCAAAACCAUCCCCACUCCCCACCCCCCCAAAAAUAAAAUUCCCCAUUUCUUGACUUACAACUAACCAGCAAAUUCCUGUCUCCUGCCUUGCUUGCGCGUUCCCUGCCCCCUGUGUCAUGCUUGCAACAGUCUUGUGUUUGAGCUCAUUGCUUAAGGGUAUAUCCAGGCUCAUUCAAUAUCUGUAGCUAUUUUCGUUCUAGGUAUAUAGUUGUAUUUAUGUACUUCACUGUUAAUGAUCUAAAGAGUUAC